AUGUCAGCAUCAAUACCAGUACGACUCUUAAACGAAGCACAGGGCCACAUAAUAUCAAUAGAACUAAAUAAUGGAGACACUUAUAGAGGAAAAUUAUUAGAUAAUGAAGAUAAUAUGAAUAGUUCAUUAUAUGAUGUAACGAUAACUUCGGGGAAAAAUGGAUCUACACAACAUAUGGAUCAAGUAUUUAUAAGAGGUAAUAUGAUUAAAUUUAUAAGUGUUCCAAAUAUUUUAAAAAAUGCUCCUAUGUUUUUUAUGAAACCUGGUGAUAAACCAAAACCUCCAAUUAGAGGUCCUCCUCCAAAAAGAAGAAAACAAUAG